GCGAGUGAGAUACUGUGAUUUGAUCUCAGUUUUCACGUGAUAUGAGGGUAGUGCUUUGUGCUACAAGCUUGGCACUGGUUUUCACUCCAACUCCAGCACAAGCGAACCACCAGCUACCGUUCCCAACACCCCAUCUCUUAUCUUGCGAUACGGCGAACCAGCAUGCCCUUCCUUGACCUACCGAACGAAAUUAUCCUCCAUACAGCCGAAACCCUCUGCCUACAGGACCAAUAUUCUCUCCUGAGAGCGAAUCGUCGUCUCGCGACCCUUUUACCCGACGCUCUCAUCGAUAAGGUAUUCUUGUCCCGCAAUGACAUCUUCGGUGCCAGGGCGUUAUACUCGGCAGCAAGGCGCGAGGACAGAGUCAUGGUCAAAAAGCUUCUAGAUAAGGGGAUUCUCGAUUUCGUCGAGCGGUCCGGUCUGCUUAACGCAGCGAUCAAGACUGAGAACGAAACGGUCAUUCGUGUGUUAUUAGAGUGCGGCGUCGAUCCGGAGACCAGGGGUGCUUCUAUGAGAACGCCGUUAGUCGAGGCGGCUAAAUCGGGGCAAGCAAAUAUGGUCCAAUUAUUCGUCGGUCGCGAUAACGUCGAUAUCAACUCGCAGGACGUCCAGGGCGGGACGGCUCUUUGGUAUGCAGCAAGCUGCGGGCACCAUGAGAUCGUGGAAGUUCUGUUGGGCGAUACCAGAACCGAUGCCAAUGCUCGGGACGUGGAGAGUUGGACACCGCUUCAGGUUGCAGCGAGUCAGGGAUACGCGAUGGUGGUGAAGACUUUGUUGGACGACGAGAGGGUGGAGAUUAACGCAAGGGACAAGUAUGGGUGGAGCGCGUUACAUUCGGCGGCUGCUGGCGGGCAUCAAGCGGCGAUGGAGAUUCUCCUAGAGGAUGGUAGGCUGGAUGACGAAUUGAGGGAAACCUACGGUGGCCCGUAUUAUACACGAUGGACACCCGGUGAUAUCAAAUGGCGAUGUUGCAUCUCCUAGGAUAGCGGAGUUGGCUCUGAUUUGGGAGAGCUACUGCGGUGAGACGCUAUAAACGUUUUGGAGGCCGGCUGGCUAGAAGACGCGGGAGUUGCGCAUUGCUCCCGUGAGAGGGCAUGAUAUCGAUCCGGGGGUUUCGGCGGUGGCACCGGAGAUUCGGUUAAACGACUGUUACGACUUUCAUGACUCUCACGACUUGUGUUACUCUUCUACGAUUGAUAGGCUCCAUCGGAUCUUGUGCUUGCUAAAGCCAAAAAUUCGUACCAACCCCGACCUUGCGAGAUAUAUAGUGGACAAUGGGUAGGGGGAGGAGCCAGUGUAGUAAUCUGGGCGUGGAACACGAUAGGCCUUGCGGUGUUUCCGGAAAUAUGUUUGUCGCGUAGCUUGUACAUUAAUUAUUGCGCGGGUUUAUAGAAACGGAUCAAACACGUUGGGAAGCAACUGAUAUCUCGACUGCGGGAGGGUAGGAUUCAGUCAACGAAUGAGUUGUGAUCACGGUGCCGGAUGGUCACGCGCUUACAUGGGACCAUCAUCAUACAGGAGUGUACUCGAGUACGGUAGAGUAUCAUAUCAUACUGCCGUAGUAUCCCGGUACCGGU